UAUGGUAGCAUUCAUUAAAGACUCAAUGCCUCAUCAUACCUUGGAUAUGAUGCCAAAUCUUAAACAUCAAGAGUUUCUUGCGCUUGAAAUUAAUAAACCAUUUAUCGGUAGAUUCAGUUAUUUUACAUGACUUUUUGAGCUUUCUGUCACAUCUCUAGUUAAUAAAUCUACCUUAUUGUAAUUGAUUAAUCUUCAGCGUAAGUUCGCAGGCGUAUAUUCAGUGUUUAACCUACACUAAUGAAUAGUGCAAUAACAAUUGGGACGUGGUUGUAAGAUAGGUAUAUAUAUGUGCAUUAAGCUAGACUUUUAAUAUAAUAUUUUCCGUAUUGAUAAAACACGUGCUGCGAAAAUGCAGCUGCAACUUUAUUAAUUAUAUUCUUCUUUAACUUUAGUGCUACUUUCGUUGUAAUCAUCAAUUUGAUAGUUCUCACUUUCAAUUCUUUCACUUGUUUGAUUGAAGUCCCUUUGAAAGAAAUAAUAAAAAUCUUACAAACAACUGUAUGAAUUAAUAUUGUAAUAAAGCUGUAUAGCUUUAUUUUAUAUGACAACCGUAUAUAAAGUGCUGCUAAAUUGAAUCAAUGGCAGCGAGGACUUGAAACAUUGUAUAAUUUUUGUAGAUUUUUGGAAUUCUCACUAGGCUUGCAUUGAAAAAUAUCGUUGAUGAUGAACACCGUGCAAAAAAGGAACUUGGUAUCAUUGACAUAAAUCAAAUGUGCGUUUAUUUUUCACAGUAAGGCACACCAGUGUUAAAUGUCAUAGUAAAUGAUUAGCUUUUGGGAAACUCCCACUGCAAUCUGAUUUGCGAUAAAAUCUCUCUAUGCUUGCCGUCUUUACACGUUGACCUGUAUGUUGUGUACACUACACUACCUCUAGACACAAUAAAAAUUAUCGCUUCUGUUUGAUGUAACCGAUAUUUCGAUUUUUAUUUCGAAUACAAAUAAAUUGGAAGAGGACUGCAAUAUAAUAGUGGUGUCCCACGUGGUGUUAAUGUAUGUUAUGAUAAGAUGUAAUAGAGAAAUGAGAAAAGGAGAAGGGGACUUCUGGGCCCAGCAGUUAACUACCUGAAAUAUGUAUUAAAAAAACCGUUACAUUUUUUUAAAUAAAAUCACAAAAUAUGGUACCAGGAUUCUACCCAGGAAGAGAGAAAACUUAAAUUAAGAUAAUAAGACUAAAUAAUCGAUUAAAUAAUGCCUGAAAUGCCUGAAUUACUAGUAAUCUACUGUAUUUUUAUUCCGGCAACACUUGUUGGUGGCAUGCGUCUGUCACUGACUGACAGAUGCACUCGUUUGUUUUCUUUCAUUCUGAGUGCGCACAUAUUUUCCUGGUUUUACUAUUUAAACCCACGACCUUGGCUUUUCGACGGAUCUUGCUACUCUGAAUUACCUGGCUCUCGAUUUUGGACAACUGUUACGCCUAUCGAUUGGAUAUCGACGACAUGGAUCGCUGUAUGAAUUGUACGAUUGCGCUUGGUCGCAGUAAUUCUAUUGGAAGAAAAGUCUUGGAGGAUGAGGCGAUUUUAACAGUUAUUCGUCAGUGGCGUGCAUCUCAGCCUGUAACCAGUGAGAACGUUGUAUGCCAAGCAUGUUGGGACUUGGCCCAAGAUGUGGUUCUUGGAAGACGUGCGAUUGAUGCACCAACCCAAGUUGGCCAUUCAAGCGUAUGUCUCCGCUGUGGUCGUUCACUCUUAGCCCGGCGGUUCAACCACCUUCUUCGUAAUGAUUCUGCUCGUGAAUCUGCGAUAUAUAAUGUGAUUAGAGAGUGGAUUCUACCACAAACGGUGGACGAGGCAAGUCGUAUAUGCCAUUCCUGUUGGAUAUUAGCAGACAGAGCUGCUGUUCAUAUGAGUACAGGUCCUUCGACUUCCUCACAAAGUAACCCACCGCCAGCCCAAUCAUCAGUUGGUGUUUCUGUUGGACAAUUGGAUGAAAAUCAUGACAACAUUCUACACGAACCUGAGAAUGUUUCCAUUCAACCAGAACAAAACCAAGGUAAUGAUGAUGUGCAUGAACCCUCAGUGGAACUACAUUCACCAAGUGCCCCAAUUGUGGAACCAGUACAACAGCACCCUGAACCAACAAUUGUAUUGCCAGAUUAUAUGCGGGCAGUUGAAACAGAGCGACGGUGCUUCAUAGAAGGUUGCCAGAGAACUGAACGAUAUAGAGUUCCUCUAGCAACGAGAAAAAUGUUGCUUAAUGAGCAUAAAUAUUAUGUACCACAAAAUAAUCGACUUUGUGAUAUACAUUUAGUAAUUGAGGCAUGGGACUUCCUUGAUAGUUUAAGGAGUAAUUAUUUACAAACAUUUACUGCAAGACAUAUCCAAGAUAUGUUUACACUAAAAGAAACCCCAAAAGAAAGGUUUUGAAUUUUGAAAAUAUUGAUAAUAUGGACGACCAUGUUGUGCAUACCUGGAUCGGGUUUACUAAAGUUCAGUUCCGUCAAUUAUUUGAUGAGGUUCCACAAUUGAUAGAAAUUCGUAAUAGUUCUUCAGUUUUAGCAGCCUAUCUUAUCAAAUUAAGAAGUGGGGACUCAAAUGAAAGAUUAGCAACAUUAUUUAAAACAUCUAAGAAAACUUUAGCCAAGUGGCUGUGUCAAGCCCGUGACAUAUUAACUGAACAUUUUGUGCCUCGGCACUUAGGUUUAGAACACAUCACUAGAGAACAAAUAAAAGAAAGGAACUUAGCCAUUCCUAGUGCUUUAUUUGAAGGAGAUUCUAGGCCCAUCGCUAUAUUUGAUGGAACUUACUGUUAUAU